GUUAAACAUCUGUUGGUGGCGGUAAUGUACCGUGUGGCUUUCAAUCGGCCAUAAAAUCCUAGAAGAAGAAGAACAACAACAAGAACGUGGCACAGAUGUAAUUACUGGGCGUUUGAGGCAGCUCACGGGUCAGCCCCUAUCAUCAGUGUCACGUCAUCAGUUAGCGUAGAGCGGAUGUGGCGCGUGCAGCGACUUUAUUGUUAAAGAUGUCGAUGGAAAAACAUUUGUACAUUAUCGUUCUCUGUGCAUUGUUGCCUUUGCACAUAUUGUUAGUUCAAGGAGCCAGACAAGACAUCAAAUGUGGAGUUUAAAGGAAUAUUCCGGGUUCAAUACAAUUUAAGCUCAGUCGACCGCAUUUGUGGCAUAAUGUUGAUUACCACUGAAGGGGCUGCUUUACCCCUGUCUCUUCGGCCUGUUGAUGACUUGAAUACAUUCACUAGCAAUUGUUAUAAUCCAAAGGUGUGACUGAGGGUCUGACCCAUGUCAGGAAUGCAAAAACAGUGCUUUCACAUUUAGCCCGGCUCCCAGAGGACAACUAUACAUGGAUUGUUUGUAGUUUUGAGAAUCAUGUGAGAGGAAGUCAGAGGAACUGGACACCAGUUUAUCUAAAGAGAAGACUCACCUCUGACACAUUUCUGCUUACCAACUCGACUUUGUGUCUUAAAAAUAUAAUCUUUGAAUGAUUGCAUUCACAUAGAUGAACAGAACACCAUGUUCAAUUUUGUCUUCAGUAAACUCUUUCUCAACUGACUGGAACUUCAACUCUGUCUCCUGUAACUCAUCAUUGUAACAUACUGGUCUCUCUCAUGGCAUGCAGGGCAUUAGUUGAUGAAAUGGAAUGGGCCAUAUCACAAAUAGAUCCCAAGAAAAUUAUCCAGACUGGAUCAUUUAGGAUCAAUCCUGAUGGCAGUCAGUCAGUCAGAGAGGUUCCUUUUGCUCGUUCUGAGGGUCAUCUGCUCGAGUUGAUGGAAGAGGUUUGUGAGAAGAUGAAGGAUUAUGGUGAACGUGUUGACCCCACAACCAAUCGCAAGACAUACGUGAGACAUACUUCCCGUGAUGGCACAGCCAUGGAUCUUUCUGAUGUGGCCUUUGACUCUAGAGUCAACUCCAGUUUAAAGUUUGCUUGUGAAACAAUUGUUGAGCAGCAUGAGGAUGAAAUUAUUGAAUUCUUUGCUCAUGAGACAGACAACGUUAAAGACAAGCUCUGCAGUAAGAGGACAGCUGAUGAAAACACGCUGCGUGAUCAUGAGGAAGGAUUACAUCAAGAUGUAGAUUGAAAUGCAGAUCUUUGUGAUCAUGCCCUGAAGAUACCUCAUGAUGAAUUAUAACUGAAUGAGCUGAACACGGGUGCAACUUUACCAUCUGAGAACUUUAAACUGUUAAAUUUCAGUAAACAGAUUCUCAUCACAAUUUGCAGCAUCGAGUGAUGGAGCUACUGAUUCGAUGUUUGGAAAAACUAUGUUCUUGACCCCAUGGGUUAACUGCUUACCUGUUCAACUGCAUUAAUGGUGUAAUGAUCCAAAAUGUUUAAGUAAACCUGACUCUACAGCUAAAAGGAGAUCGCUUCAUGGGUCUCUUCAAUGGCACAAAAGUUAUUUUUGUGCUCUUAGAUUUUGCUAUUGCUAUUGAUUUAGGAAACGCGUUCUAACCGUUCAUUUACUGCAAACACAGUCCCUCUGGACUGCCUGGCUCCAGAGGUGGAUAGGGUUCACAGUACUUCAGGUCAUUGAUUUGUAGUCUAGAUCCAGAAGAUCACUGGCACCCCCAUAGGGUGGUAAAGGUGCAUUUAAAGCUUUAAGAAUCAUAAACUUGGGUAUGAACAGUGAUCACCCUUUUCCCUUUUCAGGUGACUUGUUAAUAAAGAUUGUGUUUUCUAUUUUUCCUUGCACAUAUUAUUGCCUUAUUCUCUUUAUUCAUAAAGCAGUUUAGUAUGUUGACCAUGUUUCUUUUGAUUUUUAAUGAUUUACAAUAACAUUCUUUGAAGUUGAAAUGUUUCUUAACCAUGGAUGUGGACAUUCUUUUUGAAAUGUUAUGUUCUCUGUGACCUUUGAAAACGUAUUUAUAUCCAUGUGUGACUCUGCUGAGAAAAGUCACAUACAGUGCCAACAAGAAUUUUUAUGUUUCUUGGAACUUUUAUAGUAUUAUGUGUUUUACUGUGUGAUGGUGUAGAUGAUAUCAUAUGUCAUUAUGACAGUGUUUGCCACUAACCAGCACAAAGCAGUCUAAAAUGUCAAUGGAAUAAAGUCUAGAUUUUUUUCAGAAAUGUUGAUUGUGUGCAGUUUGAGGUGUUACACAUGAAUUAGUAAAUACAUCUGUAUGUUUAAGUACUUCUCUUCCAAGUAGAUCGGGGCCUGUAUGUAAAAAGCCGCUUAGAGUAAAUUUUUAGACUUAAGUGUGUCAGAAUUCUAAGAAUGAUAUCAUUUUGCUCUUAUUCAUAGACUUAAGUGUCGUGCAUAAAGGUUAUAAGUGUUAAGACUUGGUCUCGGCUAAACCAAAUUAUUUAUAGUUUUGCGUUGAUGUGUCUGCAUCAUUCUGUGAGUACACGGCCAAAUGCUAAAUGUGUUUCAUAAAUAAACAAAAGCAAUGUAAUUUCUGGAUUCAAAAGUAUUUAUUAAUUUAUUGUAGCAUCCAAAAUGAGUUCAAAGUAUUUGAUCAUGUUGAAAUGAAGGUACAUACUUAUUGUACAUGUUGCCUGCAUUAUAGGCAGAAAAUAAGGAAAUUACUGUAUGCUUGCUCUUGAGUUGCUUAACUACUCGCCUGAAUAACACAAAAUGGGUGUCGUUUUAAAGAAUUUACAAUGCAUAUAAACAAUAUAACCAAC